AUGUCAUCACCAGAAAACGGACCUGUUAAUAAUUACGACCACGACAAGUAUGGCUGGGUCAUGGUGGCGGUAACGUUUCUCAAUUGGGCCGUGAUCAUGGGUAACAUCAAGGCGUUGGGCGUCCUCCUCAUUCCAAUCACCCGCGACUUAGAUAGUGAGCUGUGGCUUAUCGGUUGGUUGGCAGUCUUGUACAUCCUUAUGCAGUUUUGUCUCGGGCCUAUUGUCGGAGCUCUGUGCCGUCUGCUGGGCGUCCGUCCGAUGAUGGUGUUUGGUGCAGUGCUUCUUACGUUGGGCAUCAUCUUGACGGCGAUAUCACCCAACGUUUUUGCAAUGGCCGUUUUCAUUGUUGGACUAGCAGGGGUUGGUUCAGCGCUGAUUUUGUUCGUUAGUUUCGCCGUGAUGGCGUCAUAUUUCAAGAAGAAAUACGCAUUAGCUGUGGGACUCUCAACAAUGGGCAUUCCUGUGGGUGUGAUGGCCUAUGGGCCCGUAACCCAGAUGCUUGUGGAUACCUAUGGCUGGAGAGGAACCAUGCUUUUGCUGGGAGGUUUCUCGUUCCAUCUAGUUGCGUGCAGUAUGUUGGUGCGACGGAACGCUUCCUCUUCAGCAGAUACUGAACAGUACCAAGAAGUUACGCAAAGCGAUGAAGAAGAAAAUUGCCCGAGCGAAGAUGGGAGUUUUCGUGGUACUAACCGAACAAACAUCUCGAGUGACACUCGUCAAACUCUCUCAGGAGGUUGGGCGAGGGUUUGUUGCCAGAGCGUCCUGAAAGCUUUCGAUUUUGCCGUUCUGACAGACAUGCAGUUCAUUUUGGUAGUGUCGUCGAGAUGUGCUCCUACCUUUGCCUACAGCGGUGUCGUGGUGUACAUGGUCUCGCACGGUCAGCUUCAAGGGCUGAGCGAAAUGCAGGCGUCGUUUCUGCCUACUUCCUUCGGCUCGGGAAACAUCAUCGGCAAGUUGGUUAUGCCCCUUCUGCAGCAGAUGGGCAUCAAGGUAUCCAUGACAUUCUGGGCGUGUUUUGCGUCGUGUGUCGUGUGUGUAUCAUUGCUCCUGGACGCCUUCGUCACACCGUUCAUGGGCCAGAUGGUGGUUACGGGCUUGCUCGGUGUAGGUUACGGUAUAUCAAUUCAAGCAAUGGACGUCAUCGUUCGGUUCAUUUUCACGGAUGACCGAUUGGUUAAUGUACUGGGCUGGCAGGGCUUCUGUACUGGAAUGGCUGCGGGUCUUGGAGGACUGGUCGCGGGUUGGAUUUACGAGUGGACCGGGAGUUUCAACAUAGCUUUCUACUUGUAUGGUGGAGUGACGUUGAUAUCCAUUCCACUGUUGCUCUUCCAAGAUCUUUAUGCUAAACGAAGGUCACUGUAAAAAAA